CCUCGCCCUUGGGCCGUGAAGGGUCCUUCCAGAAAUGGGCCAAUGGGGAUCGGCCUGGUCUCUCCGCGUCACCAGUCUCCGGGCAGCCUCGCCCUGGCCUUCCCGCCCGCGGGUCAUGUGACGGGCUGAGUGACCGUUGGGAAGGCCGAGGCCUGAGCCGGGAGCGAGGGGGGAGGGGCGGGGAGGGGCGGGGCCUGCCUUCUUCCUUCCUUCCUUCCUUCCUUCCUUCCUUCCUUCCUUCCUUCCUUCCUUCCUUCUCUCCGAGCCCGAGCCUGCGGCCUCGUCCUCCGCCUCGUCAGUCCUGGUGAGUCUCGUUGCCAGGCCUCCUCCCGAGGGCCCAAGAGGAGCCAAGGCCCAAGGGAGGGAGGGAGGGAGGGAGGGGAGGCCGAGGAGGGCCCGGGCCUGGCCCACUCCCAGGCGGGCCUUCCUCUCUCGUUCUCUCCCUGGGAACACAGGCCACCACCGCUCUCUCUCUCUCUCUCUCUCUCUCUCUCUCUCUCAGCCAGGCCUGGGCAAGCUCCGGGCCUCCCUCCGGGGCGGGGUUUUGGACUCCAACUCCCAGAAGGCCUCCCCUCAGGCCCCGCAGGCCUCCCCUUCACCUCCACCUCAAGACUGCGGAGAGAGAGAGAGAGAGAGAGAGAGAGAGAGAGAGAGAGAGAGAGAGAGAGAGAGAGAGAGAGAGAGAGAGAGAGCAAGGGACUGGGGAAGGGAGGUCAACAGACCAAGAGAAGGAAGGAAGGAAGGAAGGAAGGGCGCUCGGAAAGGGAGGGGCCCCCAGGGAUCAGCUGGCAUGGACAUUCACAACAGAGGGACAUGCAGACAAAGGGAGAACAACAACAACAACAACAACAACAACAUUUGUAUCCUGCCACCAUCUCCCCCAGAGGGGACUCGGCGUGGCUCACAGAAAGAUCCCAUACAAAACAGGAACAAUAUACAAGACAGCAAUCAACAAGAAGCCCUGCUUGACUCUCAAGCCAAAAGUGGGUGGUAGAAAUCACAUGGUACAAAAGCUGACUGGCACAACCUGGGGAUCCCAACCAGGCCCUGGAAAGACAGGCGCUUGGCUCCUCUGCUGCUGAAUUCACAGGCCCAGUGGGGAAGACAUCUCACCACGUUCAAACAGUGGACGUGGCUCUUCAUGAGACAUGCCGCACCCUCACAGGAUGUCUGCGCCCCACACCACUGGAGAAAUGAUACUGUUGAGUCCCUCUGGGGAGAGAGGGCAGUCUAGAAAUGAAAUGAGGAAAUGUGAUUUUUGGCUGAGAAUUUCGGAGUAGAGCCUGUGGAGGGAUUUCCUUCCCUUGAAAGAAAGGAGAGGAAGGAAAAGCAUCUUGGAUACUGUUGGGUUCUUCACCAGAGUGGUUCCAACAUGGAGAGACCCAACUCACGUGGGCCUGAAGCAGGACCUGGGGGCAGUGGGGAAUCCUGGGAAAGAACCAGACAUGAGUCCCUGAGUGUGGACCUUGACAGCUCGGACACACAGCGCCAGCGCUUCAGGCAAUCCUCCUACCAAGAGGGUGAAGGACCCAGAGGGGUUUGCAGUCGUCUCCACGAUCUGUGCCGCCAGUGGCUGAAGCCAGAGCAGCACACCAAGGCCGAGUUGCUGGACCUGGUGACCCUGGAGCAGUUCCUGAGCAUCCUGCCCCCAGAGAUGGGGAGCUGGGUCCGAGAGUGUGGGGCAGAGACCUGUUCCCAGGCGGUGGCCCUGGCGGAAGGCUUCCUCCUGAGUCGGGCCGAGGACAAGGAGCAGGAAGGACAGGCCCAUAAUAACUCCAUGGAAGUCCCUGCACCAGAGGAAUCUCCACCAGACACCACCCAGAGUCUCAGGCAGAAGGAGCUGAAGCGGGAAGGAGACGGGGCUGCCGCCUUGCCGGGACUGCAGUUGUCACCUCUGAGGCCUGUUUCUGUGACCAGCUUUCCACCCCUUGCUCUCUCUCCAGGGUCUGGAAUGAUGCUGUGGCCGAAUCCUCAGCCGUUUCUCCCCCUUUGCGAUGGAGUGGGACUGAGUCAGACAAGAUUUAAGGCGUUUCCUUAGAAGUGAAAUACUGAAGGCACAAUUACAAGGAGGGGAAAAAAUGAAGAGAAAACUAAAGAAACCAGAAUGGAUGUUCAAAGAACUUUCAACGGAGCUAAGAUUUAAAAGGGACAUGUACAUGAAAUGGAAAGGGGAGGAUCACCAAAGAAUGUAAACGACUAAACAGCAUAAGCAUAAGUAGCAGAUCAUGAAGAAGGCCAUCUGGAAUCACUUAGAAAAAAUGCUGUAAUCACUGAAGGGCAAGAUGGGUUUCUCCAAAACAAGUCAUGCCAGACUAAUCUGUUUUUCAGUAGAGUUCCAAGCUUGGUAGAUGAAGGAAAUGCAGUGGGUGUAGCACAUCUUGCUUUCAGUAAGACCUUUGGAAAGGCCUCUCCUGGUUUUAUAAACAACUAGUAAAAAGUGGGCUGGAUAAUA